AUGAUCCAGAUGCCAUUAGAAAAAGAACAAGCCGCCAAUGUUGAAUUAACUGAAGCACAAGCAUUUCAAGGUGUCCCCAUGACCUACAGUGAAUAUGUAACUAUUGCAACAUUUUCACGUAUUUAACCAAAAAUUUGUUUUUCUUUUGCAUUGAUUAUACAUAAUAUGUUUUUACUUUUCUUUUAACGCACUUAUCUAGUCAUAUAAUAAAUAAUUAUCGAAUUAUAUACAUUUAUCUCUAAGAUAUUUGAGGUUUUAAAAAAUCAAUAAUUUUGAAAAUAAUGAAGAGCUUGUAAUUGUUAUCUGCUUAUAGGUGGCCAAUUGUCGAAAACGAAAACUUAUGUGCGACUUACCGGCCGCAAUAGCUUUAGGAUUUAAACCUGACACGAAUGUUGAACAAACUGCAUCACAAAUGAUCCAGAUGCCAUUAGAAAAAGAACAAGCCGCCAAUGUUGAAUUAACUGAAGCACAAGCAUUUCAAGGUGUCCCCAUGACCUACAGCGAAUAUGUAACUAUUGCAACAUUUUCACGUAUUUAACCAAAAAUUUGUUUUUCUUUUGCAUUGGCUAUACAAUAUAUAUUUUGUACUUUCCUUUUAACGUACUUAUCAAGUCAUAUAAUUAAUAAUUCUCGAAUUUUAAAAAUUUAUCGUUAGGCUUUUUUAGUUUUUAAAUAAUAAAAAGUUUAAAAUAAUGAAGAGCUUGUUUUCUUGUAAUAGGUGGCAAUUUGUCGAAAGCGAAAACUUAUGUGCCAAGACUUACCGGGCGCAAUAGCUUUAGGAAAUAUACCCGUCACCAAUUUUGAACAAACGGCGGCACACUCGAUCCAGCUGCCAUUAGAAGAGGCACAGGCCUCAAACAGUGAAUUAAGCGAAGCAAAUACGUUUCAAGGUGUCCCAGUCACCUACAGCCAAUAU